GGCGCUGCAGUGUUGCAUUUUUUCAUACUAUAUCAAAAUGGCCACAGCGGUACAGAACCCCCUCAAAUCGCAAUCUGGAGGUGCAGUCAUCAAGAACAGUCUUGGUGAGGAGUUCUACAAGGAGGCCAUUGAACACUGUCGCAGCUACAAUGCCCGUCUGUGUGCCGAGCGCUCCAUGCGUCUCCCCUUCCUGGACUCCCAGACUGGUGUAGCCCAGAGCAACUGUUACAUCUGGAUGGAGAAAAACCACCGUGGACCAGGUCAUGCGCCAGGCCAGUUGUACACAUACCCUGCUCGCUGCUGGCGCAAGAAGAGACGGCUAAACAUCCUGGAGGACCCACGGCUUGUACCGAUCGAGUUUAAGAUCGACUACGAGGCUUCUCUAAAGAAGGAGGGGGGUAUCCCAGAUGGCCCUGUGCUGGAGUCUCUGCUCGCUGGGGAAACCUUGGACAAGAAGGUAGAAACCAAGGAAGAAGAGCCAAUGAGCGAGUGCCAGAAGUUACUUGUCGGGGAUUUCCCUCAUGAGCUAGAGGUGGAUGAGAUGGAGGAAGACAUGCCGAAGCGCAAAAACCGUACCAAAGCACGGGCCUAUGGUGUUGGGGGCAUGAGAAAGAGACAAGAGCCGCCUACCAUUGAAGAUAGAGACAAACCUUAUGUUUGUGACAUCUGUGGAAAGCGCUAUAAGAACCGCCCCGGACUGAGCUACCACUACACUCACACACACCUAGCAGAUGAGGAGGGGGAAGAAGACUCAGAACGACACACGCUACCCUUCCAGCGCAAGAACAACCACAAGCCCAAGAAAGCACCAGACGGUUCAGUGAUUGCCAACGGCUACUGCGACUUCUGCCUUGGAGGCUCAAAGAAGACUGGAUGUCCUGAAGACCUUAUCUCCUGUGCAGACUGUGGACGUUCAGGCCACCCAUCCUGUCUGCAGUUCACAGUGAACAUGACGGCUGCAGUGAGGACUUAUCGCUGGCAGUGCAUCGAGUGCAAGUCCUGCAGCCUGUGUGGCACCUCUGAGAAUGACGACCAGCUGUUGUUCUGUGAUGAUUGUGACAGAGGUUACCACAUGUACUGUCUGAGCCCUCCCAUGUCUGAACCACCAGAGGGUGGGGAGACAAUCACAGUGAGAAGAGUGAAACCUCAGGGAGCUGGAGCUGUCAUCUGUGUCUGAGACAACUGAAGGAGAAGGCCUCAGCCUACAUCACCCUGACUUAAUCUGUGGAGCUGCGCCUCAUCCUCUCCCACACCACCUCUCUGUCCCCCCUCCUCCUCUGAUCUACUUGCCGUCACAUCCUCUACAAUCUGUUCCUGUGACCUUUGACAUGACUGAGCACACAGCACCCCCAGCGCCGCACCCAUUCUUGAACGUCUCUCCAGCGGCGAGCCAACCUCCGUCCUUUUGUGUCGCUCACGUUCCCUGCUGUGCUUGACCUAACCCCCCUAUUUCCUGCUCGGUCUCAGCAGAGGAAUUCAUCAGCUAGCAAUAAGUUUGCUAGUGAGACACACACUCCAGCCUGCUAAGGGCACUUCAGAGGCAUGCUACUCCACAGAAACCCUCUUAAGGGCCCUUGGAAGGGCCCUAAUGAUCUUCAGCUGCAACUCAGUCAAGUAGUGAGUGAGAAUUAAUAAGAUGGAUAGGUAUUAGGCUGAGGACAGGGCUUGGAAGACACUGGAAAACCAUGGAGCAGUAUGUUUCAGUGUUAGCCAACUGUGAAAUAUACAAAGAACCAAAAUUUAAUUUACUCCCUCUGUAUGGCAGAACAGAGACACUGAACUCUGCACCAUUAUUUGCCUGCAGGGUUCACUGACCUGUGCAGUUAUAAAGUGGGAGUGAAUUGUACAGAAUUCAGACAGAUUCUCUAUCUACAUACCCCCUUCACUGGCAAACAAUGACCUCACCUUCUCCUCUCUCCAUGCAUGGGGUUUCCACAAACUAAAGAUGCAUUUUAGGAUUGACGCUGAAGGUUUUAGUUUUGAAUGUCAUCCUUGGAUGAGAGGAGAGAUGGAUUUUUCUUUAAUCAGCUAUCUCUGAUCAAACAAUGUAUUUUAAAAAAGUGACAAUUUAGGCUUAGCAUCUUUCUCACAAAUCCCCUGUCUGACCUUUAUUUGCCCUUGUCUUCUGUGAAACACUGACUGUGAAGCCAAUGCGAGACUGACACGCUCCUGGUGCUUGGUGUAUAAGGUUUGUGCGAUAAGAAUGUAGAAUUGAUGUGUGGACAAUGCAGAUCUUUAUCUGGCCCAUGCAGAGGCCAAAUAACUCCUUUUUUAUGGUUUCUUUUUUAAUUUUUUCAUUUGCAUGUUCUUAUUUCAAUUGUUUUUAAAUACUAUGAAUUGAAAUUGAAAGCACACUUAAUUCGCAAUAAUGUGUUUGUGAUAUGAACUAUUUUGGCCAAACUGGGUGUGUUUUAAACUCCGUGUGUGCCUGUGUGUCUGUGUGAGUUUAUCUGAGCACUACAGUAACUGUAGCCAGCUCCAUUCUAGAGGAGUUGAGUAGCAGGAAGGUUAUUUAAAUGUACUGUACGGAGAGUCAGCAUUUUCUUGUUCAGGCGUUCUGACAGUGGUGGGACAAUGUUGUUGUUUUGCAAGUCUUAAGUCUUGGCACUUAAGUUCUAAGUGGUCUGGCUAUGAAUUCAUUGCACAAAAACAGUUAAAGGAAUAGUUAGACAUUCUUGUAAAAACUUACAGACACCAAAAUGAUUAAAUUAAACAAAUGAAACGUGUUAAUUGGUAAGCUGUUGAGGUGCUGGUAGGUGGAUUUUUUUUAGCUUUAGGCUGAGCUUCUCUAUGCUAAAUUAACAAUUAUCAAACAAAAAUUAGUUUUCUUAUCUAAGUCUUUGCAAUAUAGCAAAAAAGCCUAUUUUCCAAAAUGCAAAACUAUACCAGAAUGUCAAAACAAAGGGAUUCAAGUCCUCAAAGGUUAAGUUCUCCUCAGAAAAUUUAAAGUGCCCAUGGCAUGCUCAUUUUUAGCCAUUUAAUCUUGGGUACCUCUACAUUCGCUUUGCAAACAUCAUAACUUCAAAUACCCUGUAAUUAUUUCAGAACGAUAAAACCCGAGAGCCUCCUCCUUAAAAUGAGAGGAUAGUUCAUGG